UUUUUCAUAUAAUUACCCAGAACAAAAAUGUAGCAACUGUUUCUAGUGGAAACCAAUCAACCCCAUUAAUUUUUGCAUUUUAUUUUCCACCAUGUUUGGUUCUUGUCUAGCAUUUCACGAGUUAAAUAGUCAGCAGCCUUUUCUUGGAGUUUCUUGAUUUUUUUAUAUAUUAUUUGUUUCAUGUAUAGGUUAAGCUAAGUAACUGCAUGGUUUGUUGAAGCUACAUGUGCUGACUUGUUGGUUUGUUUUACUUUACCAAUUAUUUGGGUGCUUGGGUUGGCAAGUGGGCUAUGAAGAUGAAGCUGCUGAAUUGCUUGGUUGUGUUGGCUUUCUUGGUUUUUGUGCCUUAUAGUUGUGCUGCUAGGAUUUCACUGAGGAAGAGGGUUCAAGUUGAGAAGCAUUUGAGGAGGUUGAAUAAAGUUCCGCAUGAAUCCAUCAAGAGCCCAGAUGGGGAUGUGAUUGACUGUAUUCCUAUCUCUCAACAGCCUGCUUUUGAUCACCCUCUCCUUCAAAAUCACAAAAUUCAGUUGGGGCCUAAUUAUCAUCCAGAAGGGCUACUGGAUGACAAAAAAGUGAAUUCUUUCAAGUCUGGUGAAGGGUUGAAACCAAUUAAACAAUUGUGGCAUUCAAAUGGUAAGUGUGCGGAAGGAACAAUUCCGGUUAGAAGAACAAAGGAAGAGGAUGUUCUUAGAGCUAGCUCUAUCAAGAAUUAUGGUAAAAAGAAAAAGAAUCUCAACAUUCGUCGCCCAAAUUCAGCUGAACCUCAACCCGACAUCGUCACUCAAAAUGGGCACCAGCAUGCAAUUGCUUAUGUUGACGAGGACAAGUAUUUUGGAGCAAAGGCAACUAUGAAUGUUUGGGAACCGAAAAUUCAACAAUCAAAUGAAUUUAGUCUUUCUCAGAUAUGGGUUUUAGGAGGUUCUUUUGAUGGAGAUCUUAACAGCAUUGAAGCUGGUUGGCAGGUUAGUCCAGAUUUGUAUGGGGACAAUAACACCAGACUCUUUACUUACUGGACUAGUGACGCAUAUGAAGCCACGGGAUGCUACAAUUUGCUCUGCUCAGGCUUUAUUCAAAUUAACAAUCAGAUAGCUAUGGGGGCUAGUAUAUUCCCAGUUUCGAGCUAUCAUGGUUCUCAAUUUGAUAUUACUAUACUACUUUGGAAGGAUCCUAAUGAGGGUAAUUGGUGGAUGCAAUUUGGGAAUAGCAAUCAGGUCAUUGGUUACUGGCCAGCCUCUUUGUUUUCAAAUUUAGCAGAUGGAGCAACCUUGAUCGAAUGGGGUGGUGAAGUAGUAAACUCGGCAUCAGAUGGACAACACACCACUACUCAAAUGGGAAGUGGUCAUUUUCCUGGAGAGGGAUUUGGUAAGGCUAGUUAUUUCAGAAACAUACAAGUAGUUGAUGGAUCCAACCAACUUAGGGUUCCUAAAGAUGUUAAGACUUUCACCGAGCAGUCUAGCUGCUACGACGUUCAGACCGGGAAGAAUGGGCAAUGGGGCACCUUCUUCUACUAUGGUGGACCGGGAAGAAACCCGAAGUGUCCAUGAUCAGAAUGUACAAAAUAUUAAAUCCAUAUUGUCCCUGAUAUUUAUAUAUAGCGGUUUGGAUGAAUUGAAUACGGAGUUUAAAUUUGUACAAAACAAGCUUCAAUUUAUGUCGACUGAAUUGAUCAAUUCAUGUAAUUUGUCAAAAAUUGGUAAAUUAGUGAAUGGUUUCGGCAUUUUCAUUGUUCA